UCAGAGACACCGCACGUUGCAGCGGAAGAAACAACGUGGAGCUGCUGUGUUGUGGAUAAUAAGCGGAGUCUGUGCCGUGGCCUGUGUUUCUCCUCAUUCGCUCCCUCUUGUGUGUCCAACUCGCCGUGGCAAGAACGAGCCCCGCGCGUGCGCCAGCCGCCUGUAAUGCGCGAGCGUGCCGCUGCCUGUUCGGGUGAGCGCGUGGGGAGCUGAUGCCUGCCGUGGUGCUCGCCGGUGCCCCGGAGGAUGAGUCCAGCAGUGGAGGCUCGGGCCCAGGAGGCCAUGAACGCGGAGCUGAAGCAGAAGCAGCUGCAGCAGCAGCAGCAGUGUUUCGUGGAGAAAGGGGUGAUGCUCGAACCCUUCGUGCACCAGGUGGGGGGACAUUCGUGCGUGCUGCGGUUUGGCGAGCAGACUAUCUGCAAGCCCCUGAUCCCCCGGGAGCAUCAGUUCUACAAGAGUCUGCCCGCCGCCAUGAGGAAGUUCACCCCGCAGUACCGAGGUGUGGUGUCGGUCAGUUUUGAAGAGGACGACGAAGGGAACUUGUGCUUGAUCGCGUACCCGCUGCACAACGAUCCUGCGCCCGACCUGGAGCACAAAGACAACGUGGCUGACAGCGAGCCCAAGAGCAAGAUGUGUAAAUGGGGGAAGGUGAUGACACCGUCUCUGCUUGUGGAGUCCGAGGGCUUCAACAAAGACAGCCGAAGUCGCCACUCUCACAAAGACAAAAGCGUUCACAAACCAUCGGAGGAUGUGGAGCGGCUGCAGCAGGCUGAGGUGCUCUCAUACCGUGUGGAGUACAGCCACAGCAGCGCCGCGCCACAGCUCAAGCACAACCCCUGGAGUCUCCAGUGUCACCAGCAGCAUCUGCAGAGGAUGAAGGAGAACGCCAAGCAUCGCAACCAGUACAAAUUCAUCCUGCUGGAGAACUUGACGUGGCAGCACACUGUUCCCUGUGUGCUGGACUUGAAAAUGGGGACGCGGCAGCAUGGGGACGACGCCUCCGAGGAGAAGAAGGCGAUGCAUAUGCGCAAGUGCGAGCAAAGCACGUCUGCCUCCAUCGGGGUCCGCCUCUGUGGCAUGCAGGUGUACCAGUCCGACACUGGCCAGCUGAUGUUCAUGAACAAGUACCUCGGACGCAAGCUCACACUGCCAGGCUUCAAGGAGGCUUUGUUCCAGUUCUUCCACAGUGGACAUCGACUGCGACACGAGCUUCUGUCCCCCGUCCUACGCAGACUCCGGGACAUGCAAGAUGCCCUGGAAUCCUGCGAGUCCUACCGCUUCUACUCCAGUUCCCUGCUCAUCAUAUACGACGGCGCUCCGCACCGGAAGCACGGCAGACGACGCGCGGAUGCCGAGCUCUCAGAGGAAGAGGAGGAGGAAGAGGAGGAGGAACCAGAAAUGGAGGAGGAGGAGGACGACGUGAGGGAAGUGUCGGGGGCUUUUGAGUUUCCUCACAGCCCGUCCAUGUCCAGUGAAGGUGGCAGCAGCUGCUCCAGCAGCAGCAGUGGUGGAGGAUCAAGCUCCUCUCUCUCGCUCCCUGACUCUCCUGCUGUGGACGUGAGGAUGAUAGACUUUGCUCACACAACCUGUAGAGACUUCCAAGAGGACAGUGUGAUCCAUGAAGGCGGGGACAGCGGGUACAUCUUUGGUCUCCAGAACCUGAUCACCAUCAUCUCAGAGUUGGAGAGCCACAACACAGAUUAGAGUCAAAGAGGCACAUCUGUCCCGACACCUGACUAAAUGUCCAUUCCUGUUCCCACCACUGGUGCUUCUAGAUGUUCCUGCAUCUGUGUUGGGAGGUCAUCAUGGAGCCAUCUGUAUUUAUUGAUCUGCCCGUGACUUGAAACCGUCCGAACAGCACAAGAAAGGAACAGUAGCAAAUAAGAAGAACUGAGUCUGAUCCAAAAGGAUUGCUGGUAUUUUUGCACACAAACAUGCACAGGAACACACUCAGCUCGACGUGGGUUUGUGUGUGUGUGUGUCAUGAGACAGGGCUAUUUCUUACUGUAGGAGUAUGCGUGGAUGAGGAGGACCGGAUACAGGGUGCUGCUCUUACACCCAGACUCUCCCUCAGCUCAUAGUGUUGCGUGUGAGAGGGAGAACAUGGAGCUAUCGACUUGCUUGACUUGUUCUAUCAAAUAAAGGUGUUCAAUAGAGAGCACUACAUUCCAGGUUACUGAGGUUACCACUAUGAUAUGAGCUCUUUCAUGUAUAUCUGUGUUGCUCAUGGUUCAUUGGGGGGAAUAAAUUAAAGGUUUUGGUUUUGUCUUAACA